AAAAAUCAUAACAACAGCAAUAAGAGCAGAAAUACAUGCUUAUUUUUAAAUUACCCUUCCACGUUACAUUUCACCCGCCUCCUGGGGAGACAAGCGGAUGACUGAAGUUUUGUGCGGGUCUAAACUGCGGUGUGAGGGUCGCACUCGCAGCUCCGGGUACCUACGGCGGAGAUGCGAAGGAAGCUGAGCUGGGGGGCGGCGGUGGAGGGGGAAAGGCGGUAAGCGAGGGAGAGCCCCAGCGCCGUCUUCCCCUGGGCUCCGCGGCGGCCGCGGGGAAGCGACCCUUGCCAGUGCCGGCAGCGGCGGGCGAGGCGCAGGGCGGGGGAAGGCUGCCCCCCCGCCCCUCGCUGCCUGCUGCUGCCUGUGCCUGCCCGCGCAGAGCGGAGCGGGGCGGAGGAGGAGGGAGGCUGCCGCCCGCGGAUGCUGGGGCGCGGGCGGCGCGGGCAGGGCGGGCGGCGCGGGCAGGGAGCUGUCCUUCAGCACCGCGGGCCGCGGAGCGCUCCGCCCGCACCGCCGCCCGGGGAGCUGUCCUGCAGCACCGGCGGCCCGGGAGCGCUCCGCCCGCCCCGCCGCCCGGGGAGCUGUCCUGCAGCACCGCCGGCCGGCGCCGACACCAACACCGCCGCCGCCGCCGCCGCCGCCGCCGCCGCCGCCGCGGGGGAGCCGUCCAGCGCCGCGCCGCCAACGCCGCCGCCGCCGCCGGCUUGAUGCAGUAGCGGGGCCCGGGAGUCGCCGGGGGCUGCCGCGGAGCAGGGGGUGCCGCAGCCGGGCUCCGCUCCGCGCCCUCCGCCCGAGAGGGGCGCCGCGCCUGUCCCCCUCCUCCCCCUCCCCAACCCCCCCUUCCAGGAGCCCCCCUCUCUCCUCGCCCACCUCCGCCGGGAGCGAGCGCCGCGGCUGUGCGGAAAAGCCAUGGGAGGCAAGACCUCGGCACCUGUUCAGCUGAAAUCAAGGGCUUACAGUAUACUGGGCACUCCGGCUUGGUGAUAGGAGCGAGCAAAAGGAAGGAGAAGCAAGCGAGAAAAAGUGAGAGAGGAUUGGAGCGACUGCCGCUGCCGGGAAAAAAAAAAAUAAAAACCCAAGGAAGAUAACUGGGAAGGAAAAGGAUUUUCAUGGCGCAGGCUGCAGAGCUAAGCAAGAAGACUGAAGGUUGCAUCUCUGCUCUUACAGUCUCUAACUGUCUAGGUCCAGAUAAUGAGAGAUUGUGUUGAGGAUGCUGCUGCUGCUCCCCUGUUCACUGUGGAAGCCAUCUCCAAAUUAGCCAUUACAUAUGGAAACUGGAGACCAGAAUUUUAGAAAAAGGGAUUAAGGCGUCUCAUUUUGGGGGGGUUCUCUCUUUAUUUGUUUGGUUUUUCUUGGUUCUUUUCUCUCUUCUUUUUUUCUUUUUCCUUUUUCCUUUUUUUAUAUUUCAACCAGAACGUUUCCGAUUUAAAAGGCAAGCCUCUUCCCGUGUGGUCUUUCUAAUUUACACUCUUUUCCGUGGGCUUUCUUACCUCCCUUUUUUGAUAUCUAUCUCUCUCUCUAUACCCAUUAUAUUAUUAGUCGGAAUUAUUAUUCUUUUAUUUUAUUAAACACACACACCCCAAGAAUCAGAAGGCGGUUGGGUAUUUGUAUAAUGAAGAAUUAUGGGGCUCUUUGACAGAGGUGUUCAGAUGCUUUUAACCACCGUUGGUGCUUUCGCUGCCUUCAGCCUGAUGACCAUAGCUGUGGGGACCGACUACUGGCUUUACUCCAGAGGGGUUUGCAAGACUAAAACUGUCAGUGAGAACGAAACCAGCAAAAAGAACGAAGAAGUCAUGACCCAUUCUGGAUUAUGGAGAACCUGCUGCCUAGAAGGGAAUUUUAAAGGUCUGUGUAAGCAAAUCGAUCACUUCCCUGAGGAUGCAGAUUAUGAAGCCGAUACAGCAGAAUAUUUCCUCCGGGCUGUUAGAGCCUCUAGUAUUUUCCCGAUCCUGAGUGUGAUUCUGCUUUUCAUGGGUGGACUCUGCAUUGCAGCCAGCGAGUUCUACAAAACCCGACACAACAUCAUCCUUAGUGCCGGCAUCUUCUUCGUGUCUGCAGGUCUGAGUAAUAUAAUUGGCAUCAUUGUAUACAUAUCAGCCAACGCUGGAGACCCCUCCAAGAGUGACUCCAAGAAAAACAGCUACUCCUACGGCUGGUCCUUCUAUUUUGGAGCCCUGUCCUUCAUUAUAGCCGAGAUGGUGGGAGUGCUGGCUGUCCACAUGUUCAUAGACCGGCACAAACAGCUGCGUGCCAACGCUCGUGCCACGGACUACCUCCAGUCCUCCGCCAUCACCCGCAUCCCCAGCUACCGGUACCGCUAUCAGAGACGCAGUCGCUCCAGCUCCCGCUCCACUGAGCCUUCACACUCCAGGGAUGCCUCUCCUGUCGGGAUCAAAGGGUUCAACACCCUGCCAUCAACAGAGAUCUCGAUGUACACCCUGACCAGGGACCCGCUGAAGGCAACCACCACCCCCACCGCCACCUACAACUCCGACAGGGAUAACAGUUUCCUCCAGGUUCACAACUGUAUCCAGAAAGAGAACAAGGACUCUAUCCACACCAACACAGCCAACCGCCGGACCACCCCGGUAUGAAGCCGUCGCCAGGAGCUGAAAAUGGGGCAGGAACGGGCAGGAGGAGAUGGGGUGGGCUGCAGGGUGGGGAGGGUGGAAGGGGGCAGGGGGCAGCAGGGGGGUGGGGAAGGAGCAGGUGGAAGCGCCCCUUGGUGGAGUGGGGACCUUCCCAAUGCAAAAAAAAAAAAAAAAAAUCCACAAAAAAAAACCAACAAAAGCAAACAAAAAACUGACAAAAAAAACAACAACAAAGGAACAAGCAGAUAAGCAGAUAAACAAGCGAGUGAACAAAAAAAAAAACACAAACAAAAAGGAAACAUGAGGAAAGAGACAACAGUGAAAAAAAUUCUUAAAAAAAAAAAGCAAAAGAAAAAAGAAAAAAAAUAAAAUCCUUAAAACAGAGAGAAAGAGAUUUAAAAAAUAGAAAUAAAUUUAAAAGAAAAUGCAUGAUUUCCCAUGUACCAUUAUUUUAACAUUUAAUAAAAACAGAUUUAAAAGAAAUAAAAGGGAACCAAGAAAUAAAAAAUGACAAUAAAUCAAGUGGGAGGAAGAGGAGGAGGAGGCAGCUUUUUUAAUUUUGGGAGGUUUUAUUAUUUUAUUUUAUGGUUUGUUUCCCACUUACCUGUAAUCCAGCACAGGCUUCUUGCGGAACAGGGGAUGGGGGUUUGGCUGCCAGUGACUUCGGUGUCCUUGGGCCAGUUAUGGAGGAUCCUGGGUGCCGGAGUUAGCCAUGACCCGCUCUGUUCCUCUGAGACCCAUGGGGAUCCACUCCAUUCCCCUGGGAUCCGUGGGGAUCUCCUUGUCCUCCGCAGAUCCACAGGGGUUUAAAGUGACCCUAGGGAGUGCAGGAGCUGCUGCUGAGUCACCCCUCCACAGUGUCCCCAGGGGGAUCCCCACUUCCCCAGCCCUGGGGACCCUGGGGUUAAAGGUGACAGCGCAAAAAACAGACACAGGAAAUAAAGACACACACACAGAGACAAAAAAAAAAAAAAAAAAAAGGACAAAAGAAGUUUCUUAAAAAAAUAAAGUGGCAAUUUUUUAAUAAAACAACAGCUAUAAAUAAAUGUAAAUAUAAUAAGUGGAUUUACUUGCAAGAACAGAUAGUAUUUUUUUCUUUUCAUUUUUGUUUUCUUCAGCUUUAAACUGUGAAAAAAAAAGAAAAGAGGCAGCAGGGAGCUGUGUGGGAGGCACAGGUAGAGGGUGGGGGCGCUGGCAGAGGGCAGCUGGGGCCCCCAUCCUUUCAGGGUGAUGAUGCUGUGGGGGGGACACACAUGGGAUGCUGUGGGGGGGACAGCACUCACGCACACGUGUGCCCGUGCUCACACACGCUUGCCCUGGUGGGCCCGUGCUCUCCUGUGAAUGCUCCAGAGGCUCCCCACGGUAGCCAUGCACCCCUCAAAUCUGCCCAGAUUCCCCUUGGGUCACACUAGUGGGGCUGCAGCCAUGCCGGGGCACGGUGAAGCCACCCAGCCGGCCCCUGAAAUCGCUCCCGUCCCCGCCUGGGCACCCUCAGCGCGCCCUGACCCAAAGCCGGGCUCGGCCCGUGCCGCCUGCCGGCCCCGCCUCAGAGCGCCCCGAGCCCCGGGCCCCGAGCCCCGGGCCGCGCCGGGGAGAGCCGCCAAGCCAGCGGGUGUCCCCACGCCCAGCGGGUGUCCCCACGCCCGCCGGCUUGUGCCCUGCUCCUGCUGGGGGUCCCCGACUGCCGAGCUCCCCUCCACAGCAGCAAGGCAAGGCGAGCCGGGUCCCUCCAGCCCCCCGGGCCCCCUGGCCUGGCUGCCGCCCCCUCCCUCCCUGCCAGGCGGGGAAGGGCGCACCGGGUGCCGGCUUUCCAGGCAGCUCCUCCACGAGAGCCGCUGCCGAUGGAGGCGGGAGGGGAGGUGGCAGCAGGGCUGAUGGGGCGCCUGUGACACCCACAGACACCGGCCAGCCCGGGGCGAGGACAGGACCCCUUUGGGGCUGCCCCCCGAAAGCGUAAGCGCCCAGGGCAGGCACAAAGCCGAGAGUAUGCAGGAUGGAGCCGCUGAGCCUUUCGGCAGCUCAGACCCACUUUUCAACUUUUUUUCCGUCCCCAUUCCUGCUGCUCCAGUUUUAGGAGCUGCGCAGUCCCCGCUCCAGGUCCCAGCGGGGGUUCUGCUUUAAAGCAGGCAGAUCCUCCCCGCUUCCCCCGACCCACUGCUGCUUCACCCCCCCUUCCCCGCUCUGGGGUAGGGCGGGGGGCAGCAGAGGCACGGGCUCAGCCCCAGAAACGGCAAUACGGGCCAAGAGGCGGAUGCGAGCGCCUCGGCUGGGCUGACAUCCCCUCCCGUGGCCACCCAGCCCUUUCAGAACGAUACACAGGGAACAUCCACUCCCUCCAAUGCCCCCCGAGGAAUAAAUUAAAGUCAGUUCCCCAGAUUCCAGCGUAGAGGAAGGUGGCUUUGGGCUUUCCAUCCCCACCCAACACUGCUCGGAGCUGGGGAGCAUUCACAGGGCUGAGCGUGCCCCGGGGCCAGGAGGGAAGGGGAAGAGUGCGGGAGGGAGCCGGGAGAGCGUGGGCAAGAGGCAAGGGCUGGAGGGAAAGCUUUUUCCCCAGGGUGUUGCUCGUGUCCAGCUCAAACCAGUACAAGAAACCAACCUCCAUUUUCUUUAUUUCGUGGGUUUUUUUCAGACUGUUAAAAAGAAAAAAAAUUUUAAAAAGAGAAAAUGACAAAAAAAAUCCUGGUACAUGAAAUAAAGAUUUUUUUUUU